AUGAGGAAGAGGACUAUCCCUUCCGCGCUUCUUCUUCUCUGUAUUCUCUUUCUCUUUGUUGCAGAUCAAGGUCAAAAGUUUCAGGCGAAUGCGGAGGAUAAUUCCGAUGAGCUUGUAGAUCCACCUAAGGUGGAAGACAAGAUCGGUGCUGUUCCGCAAGGACUUUCAACCGAUUCAGAUGUGGCAAAGAGAGAAGCGGAGUCGAUCUCGAAGAGAUCGCUACGAAGCAACGCUGAGAAGUUUGAGUUUCAAGCGGAAGUUUCACGGCUUAUGGAUAUUCUCAUCAAUUCGCUUUACAGUAACAAAGAUAUCUUCCUUAGGGAGCUUAUUUCAAAUGCUUCUGAUGCAUUGGACAAGAUUAGGUUCCUUUCUCUGACUGAUAAGGAGGUUUUGGGUGAAGGUGACAACGCCAAGCUUGAAAUCCAGAUUAAGUUAGAUAAGGAGAAGAAAAUUCUAUCUAUUAGAGACAGAGGUAUUGGUAUGACAAAGGAGGAUUUGAUAAAGAAUUUGGGGACCAUAGCUAAAUCUGGAACUUCUGCGUUUGUUGAAAAAUUGCAGACAAGUGGUGAUCUCAAUCUAAUUGGGCAAUUUGGAGUUGGUUUCUACUCUGUGUAUCUUGUUGCUGACUAUGUUGAAGUUAUUAGCAAGCAUAAUGAUGACAAACAGUAUGUAUGGGAAUCCAAAGCUGAUGGAGCAUUUGCAAUUUCAGAAGAUACAUGGAAUGAACCUCUAGGACGUGGAACAGAGAUUAGAUUGCACCUCAAAGAAGAGGCUGGGGAGUACGCAGAAGAGUUUAAGCUCAAAGAAUUGGUGAAGAGAUACUCUGAAUUUAUUAACUUCCCUAUCAAUAUUUGGGCAAGCAAAGAGGUUGACGUGGAGGUUCCCGCUGAUGAAGAUCAAGAUGAGGACUCGACUGAUAGCUCCUCCAAGGAAGAAAAUGAAGAUGAAGAUGCUGAUAAAGGCGAAGACGAAGAGGAAAAGCCUAAAACAAAGACAGUGAAGGAAACAACUUACGAGUGGGAACUUUUAAAUGAUGUGAAAGCUAUAUGGCUGAGGAGUCCAAAGGAGGUUACAGAGGAAGAGUACACCAAAUUCUACAACUCUCUUGCCAAGGAUUUUAGCGGUGACAAACCUUUAUCAUGGAGCCACUUUACUGCUGAAGGUGAUGUCGAGUUCAAGGCAGUCCUUUAUGUGCCACCUAAAGCACCUCAGGACUUAUACGAGAGUUAUUACAAUUCAAACAAAUCAAACUUGAAGUUGUAUGUUAGACGAGUGUUCAUUUCAGAUGAAUUUGAUGAAUUGUUGCCCAAGUAUCUGAGCUUUUUGAUUGGUCUUGUUGAUUCUGACACUUUGCCACUGAAUGUAUCACGAGAAAUGCUUCAACAACACAGUAGUCUGAAGACAAUAAAAAAGAAACUUAUUAGGAAAGCCCUUGAUAUGAUCCGUAAGCUUGCUGAAGAGGAUCCUGACGAGUCCACUGACAAAGAAAAGAAAGAAGAGUCGUCUUCUGAUGUUGAUGAGAAGAGAGGUCAAUACACUAAGUUCUGGAAUGAAUUUGGAAAAUCCAUUAAACUUGGUAUCAUUGAGGAUGCCACCAACAGAAAUCGUUUGGCAAAACUGCUCAGAUUUGAGACCACCAAGUCCGAGGGUAAAUUGACAUCUCUUGACCAGUACAUAUCUAGAAUGAAAGCUGGACAAAAGGACUUCUUUUACAUAACUGGAACCAGCAAAGAACAGCUUGAAAAUUCUCCAUUCCUUGAGCGGCUUAAGAAGAAGAAUUAUGAGGUUAUUUUCUUCACAGACCCAGUUGAUGAAUACUUGAUGCAAUAUCUAAUGGACUAUGAAGAUAAGAAGUUCCAAAAUGUGUCCAAGGAGGGUCUGAAACUUGGAAAGGAUUCAAAUGACAAGGAACUAAAGGAAUCCUUCAAGGAUCUAACAAAAUGGUGGAAAAACUCCCUUUCAAACGACAAUGUUGAUGAUGUGAAGAUAUCCAACCGAUUGGAUAACACUCCUUGUGUGGUUGUGACAUCAAAGUUUGGUUGGAGUGCAAACAUGGAGAGAAUUAUGCAGUCUCAAACUUUGUCAGAUGCCAAAAGGCAAGCUUACAUGCGUGGCAAGAGGGUUCUUGAGAUCAAUCCUAGACACCCCAUCAUCAAGGAACUCCGGGAGAGAGUAGUUAAGAACCCUGAGGAUGAGAGUGUGAAGCAAACAGCGCAGCUGAUAUACCAGACUGCACUCUACGAAAGUGGUUUCUUGUUGAAUGAUCCCAAGGAAUUUGCUUCCAGAAUUUAUGAUUCAGUGAAGACUAGCUUAGACAUCAGUCCUGAUGCAACUGUUGAAGAGGAAGAUGAGACCGAAGUUGAGGUUGAAAGUGAAACAAAAGAAGAGACUACUUCAACUCCUGAAGCUAAUGAAGUAAAUGAUGAUGCAGAUGUCAAGGACGAAUUGUAG